GCGCCUAUUCCCCAGCAGGUCCAGGCAGACGCCGUUCCUGCUACACAGAGGGACUUGGACGACAUCGGUGGCGCAGAUUUCUCAAGGGAAAAGUAAAAUGAGUAAGAGGAAGAAGCUUCGGACCUCAGGAGAAGGAGUCCGUCCUCCCAAACCCCAAAAGAACCCAAGGCUGGGGCACUCUAAGGGGGGCCCGGAGAGUCCCGACUCGGGCCAUUUGCACCACCCUGAAGAGUCAGAAGACAGCUCAGGACCUGUGGCCUUUACAGAGUUGACCGGGGAGGAGCCAGGAGGGGCUGUCUCCAGCUCCCCACAUGAGGAAACAGGAGCUGCCUCCAGGCUCCUCGGGCAGCCAGAAAAGGAGCCGAUUCCCCUUCCUCCUUCCCAGAACUCAGUCGGAAGAUUUGUCCCCCAGUUUGCAAAACCCAGGAAAACAGGGACAAGAAAAGCAGAAACAAGGGAAGAGGACCCUGAAAACGGGGCCGUGAGCUCGGACACACUGCCAGUGCCCAGUGCCCAGCAGGCGGGGAGCCUGCUGCUGCAGGAGUCUCUGGGGCUCGCUCUCCAGGAGGCCAGGGGACCUGGAGAGCAGACACAGGCAGACAGCCCCUGCUCUGAGCAGAGUGGCCAGAACCUCGAGACACCUGUACCUGGCAGGGGGGAUUCCCAGCCCCUGUUCUCUCCAGAAGUGGGGACCGGGCCCUCCCACCCAGAGAGAGCCAGUCAGAACCGCCUGUUGGAGCAAAGCAACAGCAUGAUGGCCGGUGGAAACCUGGGGAACAGAAGGCCUGAGGCAGAGAUGGCUUGGGUUCUAGGCGAUCGUGGCCAGAAAGGGCACCUGCCAGGCAGUGAUGCUGGAGGGCAGGGGCCAGACAGAGGAGCCCCCCGGGGGGGAGGGGCCCAGGGCGGGUCAGGGGCUGAGCUGCCCUGGGUGCCCAGGGAUGAGGGAGCCAGCCGCCCCCACACUGCAGCACCCGCUCCUGCCGUGGGCCUUGCUCAGGAGCUGAGCCUGACCACUCCACACCUGAAAACCUGGAACGUGGGCCAGGACCUCCCUGACCCCAGGCAGAUACCCGGAGGGUCAGGUGGGGAAGCAGGGCAGAGCCACAGCAGCCCAGGAUGCACUUCCUUGAGCGCGGACCCCACUGAGAUGGACCAGAGAACCCCAGAGGUGGCCAGGCCAGGUGGGCAGGCCUUCCCCAGCAGGCAGGCCCCUGGCAGAGGCUGCAGUGCGGCCGAGCUGGACUGUGCGCCUCUUGCUGAAGACACCACAGCAGGCAGAGGAGACCUGGGGCUGGAGGGUGGUCCCCAGGGUGACAUGCCAUCGAGCCCUCUAGGAUUCCUGGCUCCAGCUUCUGGGAACCAAACGCCCUCAGUGGGUGCUAAGGAUUCUGGCCAUCUAGCCCUGGAGAUGGGUCCAGAUGUGGGUCAGGUACCGAGGCCCAGCCCUGUCCAAGAGGGGCCAGGACGGAUGUGCACACAGCCCGUGGACAGACGGGCAGCGGGGUUAGGCAGCCAGGGCCGUGAACAAGUUCUGAAGGAGCUCAGUCUGUGCCCCGGAGCCUCUGGUCUGCUGGAGCUCAGAGACACAGUGGGUGGCCCUCCCCCAGAGACCGGAGUCCCCCUGGGCAGCCCGGAGCCCUCUGCAGAAGCAGCAGGCCAGCCCCAGCACCCCCCCACUUCCUCAGACCUGGAGCUGGGCUUUCUGCCCGACAGCCAGAUACGGGAGGCCCUGGAGGGCGCCGGCUUCGAAGCCCCACCUGAGCAGGUUUCUCCUGCAGGGAGUGAGUCAGGCCUCUGCUGGCCCGACCCCAGCCCACGGGCCAGGGGAGACCUUGUCAUGGUGGCUCAGGUCCAGCCGAGGCCCGGCGUGGGAGUCCAGGCCCCAGAGGCGCCCAGGAUGGAGGAUGCCACAGGAACCGUGCAGGGCCUGGUGGUAGAGCUCUCCAACCUCAACCGACUGAUCAUGAGCGCCCACCGAGACCUGGAAGCCUUCAGGCGCCUCCACUCCCGGAAGGCGAAGCCACCAGGGAAGGCCCCCUCUCUCUACCCACCCAAGGAGAGCCUUUCCCGGGGGGAGCAAGCCUGGAGGGACCUGUAGGCCACUGCCUGAGCGCCCAGAGGCUCCCUAUGCACCCUGGUCACCUGCUGGAGAGCUGCAAGCAGUCUGCUGUGGGCCACCUGCAGGCCCCCCCACCCGCCACCUGAUGUUGUUUGCUUGUGAGAUUGUCCAAGGGUUCCAUCCAAGGGGUCCUGAGGCGCCCCAGCAGCUCCCUGCAGCCCGAGCCAGGAAGCACCACUGUGCGGCCACAGGGAGGGCAGCUGUGCCUUCCUGGAAGCCGGAAGCCCGACAGAAGUGGCCCUCCGAGCAGGGCCCAGACCCCGGGCCUCGAUGUUUAUCUGGGUUUGCAAAUUCAAGUUCCUUCCCCAAGGUUGCUGUAGUUCAGAGUUUGCUUCCUUCUGGAGGAGAGAAGGGCUCCCUUUGUUGUUUGUAUCUUAGUCUUUCCCCCAAUUUCCAUUUUAUUUCUUCUGGGAAGACCAGUAAUAAACGAUCCUUUCAUGCA